GGCGCGGCCCCGGGAGCGGCGGCGGCGGGGAGCGGCGGCGGCGGCGGCUCCGGUGUGGGCGGCUCGGCGCGGGAGGGCUGGCUGUUCAAGUGGACCAACUACAUCAAGGGCUACCAGCGGCGGUGGUUCGUGCUCAGCAACGGGCUGCUCAGCUACUACCGCUCCAAGGCGGAGAUGCGGCACACGUGCCGCGGCACCAUCAACCUGGCCACGGCCAACAUCACGGUGGAGGACUCGUGCAACUUCGUCAUCUCCAACGGCGGCGCCCAGACCUACCACCUGAAGGCCAGCUCCGAGGUGGAGCGGCAGCGCUGGGUCACGGCGCUGGAGCUGGCCAAGGCCAAAGCCGUCAAGAUGCUGGAGGAGUCAGACGACUCCGGCGACGAGUCCGUGUCGCAGACGGACAAGACGGAGCUGCAGAGCACGCUGCGCACCCUGUCGAGCAAGGUGGAGGACCUGAGCACCUGCAACGACCUGAUCGCCAAGCACGGCACGGCCCUGCAGCGCUCCCUCAGCGAGCUGGAGACCCUCCGGCUGCCCGCCGAGAGCACCGAGAAGAUCAAGCAGGUGAACGAGCGGGCCACGCUCUUUCGCAUCACCUCCAACGCCAUGAUCAACGCCUGCCGGGACUUUCUGAUGCUGGCCCAGACCCAUAGCAAGAAGUGGCAGAAGUCGCUGCAGCACGAGCGGGACCAGCGCAUCCGUCUGGAGGAGACGCUGGAGCAGCUGGCCAAGCAGCACAACCACCUGGAGAGGGCUUUCCGCGGCGCCACCGUCCUGCCCGCUGGCGCUGCUGGGUCUGGUGGCUCGGCCAAAGAUCCCUGCUGCCCUGCAAAAGGAGACCUGAGCGACGAGGACGAGGAGAACGAGUUCUUCGACGCCCCGGAGAACAUCGCUGCGCUGGAGACCAUGGGCCACAAGCGCACCGGCAGCAACAUCAGCGGCACCAGCAGCGACAUCAGCCUGGACGAGCAGUACAAGCACCAGGUAGAAGACACCAAGAAGGAGAAGAGAACCCGCAUCCCCUACAAGCCCAACUACAGCCUCAACCUCUGGAGCAUCAUGAAGAACUGCAUCGGGAAGGAGCUGUCCAAAAUCCCCAUGCCGGUGAACUUCAACGAGCCCCUGUCCAUGCUGCAGCGCCUGACCGAGGACCUGGAGUACCACGAGCUGCUCGACCGGGCGGCCAAGUGCGAGAGCUCUCUGGAGCAGCUGUGCUACGUGGCCGCCUUCACCGUCUCCUCCUACUCCACCACCGUCUUCCGCACCAGCAAGCCCUUCAACCCGCUCCUGGGGGAGACCUUUGAGCUGGACCGCCUGGAGGAGAACGGCUACCGCUCCCUCUGCGAGCAGGUGAGCCACCACCCGCCGGCCGCCGCGCACCACGCCGACUCCAAGCACGGCUGGACGCUGCGCCAGGAAAUCAAGAUCACCAGCAAGUUCCGGGGCAAAUAUCUCUCCAUCAUGCCUCUGGGCACCAUUCACUGCGUCUUCCACGCUUCCGGCAACCACUACACGUGGAAAAAAGUCACCACCACCGUGCACAACAUCAUCGUGGGCAAGCUCUGGAUAGACCAGUCGGGUGAAAUCGAGAUCGUCAAUCACAAGACGGGCGACAAGUGCAACCUCAAGUUCGUUCCUUACAGCUACUUCUCGCGGGACGUGGCCAGGAAGGUCACCGGGGAGGUGACAGACCCCACGGGGAAGGUGCAUUUCCUCCUGCUGGGCACCUGGGACGAGAAGAUGGACUGCUACAAGGUGGCACCGGGCAGCGGGGAGAACGGGGCAGAGGCACGGCAGCGGGCGCACGAGGCCGAGGACAGCCGGGUGCUGCUGUGGAAGAGGAACCCCCUGCCGAAGUACGCGGAGAACAUGUACUACUUCUCGGAGCUGGCGCUGACGCUCAACGCCCCCGAGAGCGGCACGGCGCCCACCGACAGCCGCCGGCGCCCCGACCAGCGCCUGAUGGAGAACGGCCGCUGGGACGAGGCCAACGCCGAGAAGCAGCGGCUGGAGGAGAAGCAGCGCCUCUCCCGCAAGAGGCGCGAGGCCGAGGCCGCCAGGGCCACCGAGGACGGCACCCCCUACGACCCCUACAAGCCGCUGUGGUUCGAGCGCAAGAAGGACCCCGUCACCCAGGAGCUGGCACACGUCUACAGGGGCGGCUACUGGGAGAGCAAAGAGAAGCAGGACUGGACCCAGUGCCCGGACAUUUUCUGAGGGCUGGGAGGAGCAGCAGGGCCAAGGCCGUGGGGCUGCCUGGCGAGCACCUUUGGCAGCCUGCGCCCGUCCGUCUGUCCGUCCGUCUGUCUCACUGCCCGCCCGCUGCGAGCGCCGGCCGCGCUCACCCGCCGGGGUUGCCUUAGCCCAUCCACAUUGACCUUGAUGCUGGGGAGCGGGAGCCAGCCCGGCCCCCCCCCCCAGCCCCGGGGGCUCCCCCGUCACCCCCCAUGCGCGCGCUCGUCCCUGGACCCCCGGCGCAGGAGCGGCAGUGCCCCGGGCGGCUCCCGGGGAUGGGGACGCGGCCCCCCUGGGGUGGGCACAGCGGGGUGAGCCCGAGGCUGGCCUUGGUCUCUUCUCCCCCUCCCCUCAUUUUUCAUCUCUCCUUCGCCCCCAGGCAUUUGGGUGCUCUUGGGAGCGGGGGUCCGGCCUCACUCACCCUGCGCGGGCACCCCCGCCGUGCCCGCAGCCUGUUCCAUAGGUGUACAUUAUAUAUAUGUAGAGACCUACCGGGGGCCCCGGUCCCCCCCCUCCUUGCUCGUACCCUGGGGUGGGCACCCCACCUGCCCCCCCCCCCCGGUGUGCCCCCUUGCGGUGCCUUCCUCUCGGGGCGAGGGGCCCGGCUUCUGCCCCCCACACUCCACACUACAGCAGCCCAGAGAUGUGCUGGGGGCAGGGGGGGGCGGCGCGGGGGUCUCUGUAGGAGCUGAGCUGCCCCCCCCACUGGGGGCCUGGGGGUGGCAAGCAGCGGCACUCCAUGCAGCAGAGAGAGCGGGGGGUGUAUGAUGCCUUUUUUUUUUUUUUUUUCCCCUCUCCUCCCCCCUCUCCAGGAAAACAACUAAAUUAAAAUCUGUGAAUGCCCCA